CUCGUAGCGUAACUGUCUCCCUGUCGCUAUCAACCUCUCAUUGUAUCUAUUUCUCAGUGCAUCUCUCUCUCUCUCUCUUUCCUCCUCCUCUGUGUGCAUGUGUUUCUCUUCCUCCCCUCACUCCUAUCACUCUCUUACUCUAUCAGUCUAUCUCUCUCUCGUAGCGUAACUGUCUCCCUAUCACUACCCCCUCUCUAUUUCUGUCUAUCUCUCUCUCCUAACGUAACUGUGUCUCUAUCGCUAUCACCCUCUCUCUCUCUAUUCUUGUCCAUCUCUUUCUCUUUCUCUCUCUUUCUGCCCUAAAACAUAAUUAACAACAUUUUCCCUUCAAAACAAGAAAAUGCCGAUCUCUGAACAUGAACAGAAACUGCUUACGCUCCAGAACCAGAUUCGUGAGAACCAGGUGGAGAUGCAGGAUUACCUGAAGGACCUCGAUAAUUGGCAAAACGAAAUCUCCAAGAAAGAGAAAGCAUUAAAAGACAACAAGGAAUCCGACAAAACUUCGUCUCGCGUGCUACCACCGAUUAGAAACAGUUCACGACGGAAAAAGAAACGCAAAGUGAAAAGCACUUCUGAAACGACCCCUGCUCCGAAAUCUAACCGUAUACGCAGCUAUGAUUAUGCUGCUUGGGAGAAAUUUGAUGCAGACAAAGUCUGUGAUGAAAUAUCUGAAGAUAAGUCUUCAUCUUCCGAAUCUCUUACCGACGAAGAAUUGGAGGAAUUACAACAGAAACAACAGGCUCUUGACGAGAAAGACAAAGGAAAUGAAUAUUUCAAGAAGGGAGAGUACAUGCUGGCCAUAGAUCACUACAGUCGGGGCCUCCAGUGUGAUCCCACAAACCCACUCCUGGCUGCGAACAGGGCCAUGGCACUCCUGAAACAAGACAAAUAUGCUGCUGCAGAAGAAGACUGUAACACUUGCUUGAGAUUAGACCCGACCUACAUCAAAGGAUAUUUACGAAGGGCCACAGCAAGAUGUGGUUUACUAAAGUAUAAAGAAGCGCUUGGGGACUACCACAAAGUCCUCAGGUUAGAUCCGAGUAAUAAGCUUGCACGAGUGGAAGCAGAUAAAUUACAAAAGAAAAUAGAAAUUGCAGAGAAAUGUGAUUCAGAAAAGUCUGUGAUAAACGAUGAUGACACUCCUGAAGAAGCUGUUUUCAAAGACAUCUUCAAACCUCCAUCAGAAAGGUCAAAGAAACCCCUGCGCAGAAUUGAAAUCGAAGAGAUUGGAGUGGAAGAAAAACUGACUCAUGAUCAACUGAGCGCGAAGAUGGAACAGUCACGCAGCAAAGCAGAGCAAAAGCAGAUUAACAAAGACCAACUGUCAUUUCAACAGUAUACAGGGGAUAGCAAAAAAACUCCUCCCAAAAUAGAGGAAAUUCAACCAAAACCUGCUGAAAAAACUCAACCAAAACCAACUGAAAAAACUCAACUAAAACAAACUGAAAAAACCCAACCAAAACCUGCUGAAGAAAUUUCCAUCAAUGCUCCAAGACAAAAUUCUCCUGCAGUUACACCAGAUGAAACAAAGUCAACAGAAAAAUCAAAAAUUCCUUGUGAUCAAAGUUUGGUUUGUUCUGUUGAUGAAGAAAGCCUUGCUUUCCAGCCAGAUCCAAAGAACUUCCAGUAUAAUUGGCCUCAAGUGAAGAAAGACUCAAACAAAAUUAGCCAAUACUUAAAGGUGUUGAACCCUGAAUCAUAUCCUACCCUCGUCAAUCAGUUUAUAGAUGCGGAAAUGGUCACCAAACUCUGUGCUAACCUUCAAAAUGCAUUCCCCAGUGAUGCUGAAUUGAUCGUCAAACACCUGUCUCACCUCUGUAAAGUGAAAAGGUUCCAGAUGGCCAUAAUGUUUCUCAGUUCUUCAGAAAAACAAGUGAUCAAAGACUUAUUCGAUUACUUAAAACAACAACCAAAUUGUGAAGUCACAGAACUCCAGAGAAUCAGUAAAUUGUUUGGUGUUGGGUGAUAGUAAAUAACAAACCAAAGUUUUGAUUAUAUUUUAAAUAUCAUUAAAGGAAUGAACUGAUACCAUUUUUGGACAAAUGUUUAACUUUGGCAUUUUAUUUCCUCAAACUGUAACCUGUUCAUUUUAUUUGUUCAAUAAAAAAUAUAUUUUCUAUAUUUUA